ACAGACGGGAAGACUGCGACUCCCAUGCUGCAUUGCUUUGCAUAUAUGUAGCUUCCCUAUGUUGCUUGCUGGCUGCAGCUGUACAGUAAAAAUCAGAUUGAGAAGCCGGUGAAACGGUUGUGAUAGUGCACCGCAGAUCACUAUUGGUCUGAUCUGUAAAUGGUGUCGAAAGGAUUAAAGCUGCGUAGUUGAUAUGGCUGUCGAAGCUGUUCACUGUAAUCGAAAUCAGAAUGGGGUGGAUCAAGCUCCCUGCAUCAAGAAUACGCAGGUUCGAGCUGAGGAGAUGGAGAGUUGUGUAGCUGUGAAGGAUGAAAACAAGCAACUAGAGCAAAAUGAACAAAGGGGAAGUCUAAGAAAACAGAGUCAGCAGCUGAAAGAACAUGAAACACUAAAGAAAAUUCCUAGCAAUGUGAAGCUAACCAAGCCAGUAGCUUUGUGGACUCAGCAAGAAGUCUGCAAGUGGUUAAGGAAACACUGCCCUAGCCAGCACCAGGUUUACAGUGAUUCCUUCAAGCAACAUGAUAUCACAGGCCGAGCUUUGUUAAGACUAACAGACAAAAAACUGGAGCGAAUAGGAAUUUUGCAAGAAGGUCAAAGACAACAUGUCUUGCAGCAGGUCCUCCAACUAAGAGUACGGGAAGAAGUUCGAAACUUACAGCUGCUCACACAAGGUACAUACUGUCAGAGGAAUCUUGGGGAAGUGCCCGCAUGCUCUUCAACUAGAUGAACUGGUGGGACAUAAUAUCUGUACUUGGAUGAUGGUGGUCCACAGAAGAGGAACUAACACAUACCUGAAUGAUGUAACCAGUUUGAAGAAAAGCGUGAAAAAAAAAAUGUAAGAUUUCACAGAAAGACAAAUAGUAGUUGGAGAAGCUGUAAAAUCAGUUAGCAUAAAGUAAGCAGAGAGAAACGUAGUCAUGUUGUGGUUUCUUUAUACAUGACAUAUAUGGGGGUUGGCUUACAAGGAAAGAAAAGGAGUCUGAUGAUGUGAUGAUUUUUUUCAGAAGUGUUAUUUAGCUAUUACUAAACUCAAACCAUUAGUAGUGUAUUUGGUGGUGGAUAAUUUAUAUAGUUACAUGGUGUGCAAGACUGUUUUAAAAUGGGAUGUUACACUGAGUCACCACCUAAAUUUGUUUAUGGAUUGUGACUGUUUUAAAAUGGGGUGGUACAUUGAGUUACUACCUAAAUUUAUUUAUGAAUUAUGUUAAAGUUAAACUUCCUCCAGCCAAUAUAACUUCUUUGCCUUAUCUUGUGUUUUUUUUACUGUGUAGCAGUCUCUUUCCUUUGUUAUAUAUUACAGACCAUGUAAGUAAUAUACCUACAGAACAGCAUGCAACUGAUUUUAAAAUAAAUUUAUUUUGUGAAAAAUGUUA